AGCCUUGUCCUUCCGGGGUUUACCUCUGGAUGGACGAGUUGCCACAGACCGGGCAGGGCAUCCUAAAGGCAGCCCGGGAGAUCCACGCCGCCGAUGCAUCAGUCGGGUCUCGCGGGCCUGUCGGGCCUGUGCCGAGUCACCGACCACCUCUACCUCAGUAACGUGCGCGCGGCCUCAGACUCCGCCCAGCUGACCCGCUGCGAGAUAAGCUGCAUCGUGAACGCCACCGAGACCGAGAGCCGGCGGCCCCUUCACCCCGGCGUGGAGUACGUCCACGUCCCGGUCUCCGACUCCCCGGCCUCUCCCCUCGGCUCGCACUUCGACGAGGUGGCGGACAAGAUCCAGCGGACCGCGGAGCGCGGCGGCCGCACGCUGGUGCACUGUAACGCGGGGGUGAGCCGCUCCGCCUCCCUGUGCAUGGCCUACCUGAUGAAGCACCGCGGGGUUCCCCUCCUGGAGGCGCACGGGUGGGUGAGGAGCUGCCGGCCCGUCGUGAGGCCGAAUAACGGCUUCUGGAGACAGCUCAUCCGCUACGAGGUGGAGCUUCGCGGCCGCGCUUCUGUCCGAAUGGUGUCCUCCUCCAUGGGAGAGCUGCCGGACGUUUAUGAGCAGGAGGCCAGAAACAUGGUGCCAUUGUGAAGUGUGGGGGGGGGGGGGGUUAUUCCCACAAAUCACACGGGGUGUUGGGGGUAAAUGUGUAUUUUAUGUAUGUAGAGAUGAACUGCUGCACUGUCAUCUGAAACUAACGCAAAGCCUCAAUGUUCGUCCUGCUUUGUACAUUUCAAAAGGAAAAGUUCUGUACUCCAGACUCUGCUAGUUGCCCGUGUUUAGGUUUAAACUACAUUAAAUACAAAACAUGCGGCCCAAAGAAAUCUAUCUUAAGACUUUUUUAAGUGCCCCUUUGGUCGCAAAACAGGUACACUAGCUCCACCUUAACCAUCUACAACUUUUAAAUACCCCCACCCUCCUAUUAUUUUAAUAGUCUGUUUAAGUGGGCACUAUCUGGCCCCAAAUCCUUUUAUUUUAGAAUCAAUACGCGCCUCCAUCGAUUCAUCAGACAAGUGUAAAUGUUGAAGGGCUGCCAGACCGUAUUAAGAGUUGGUGACUCCAGAUACUUUCUAGUAAAUUCUGGUGCUUAUUUCACUCAAAGUGGAAAUUAAUCAACAAAUGCUGUGUUUUCGUUGCAGAAAUCCACAAUAAAUUUGUGAAACAA